CAGUGAUAUGAUUGGACCCCAAUCGGGGAGGCUAAUCGGUCGGAGGCUAAUCAGGUCGACCCCAUUAGUUCAGUCCGAGAGAGUUCCAUGUAGUCGAACCACCUAGCACCAGAAAGCAGCGAUAGAGUGGGGAAAACGAGGCGCGUGCGCGAGCGCGCCCAACAAGAUCGGCAAGUGGAAUGAUGCGCUCGCGUGUAUCUGUCCCGUGCGUGAAAGGAGUGAGGCAGCCUACAUAUAGCGGAAGAUAAACAAGAAACCGACGAAGAAGAAGGAGAAGAAGAACAGGAAGAAGCAACACGGAGAGAGACAGUGUGCAGUAGUGAACGUGCGCCACGUCGAAAAUAGAAUAGUUGAAGAGAGAGUUGAAGUUGUGAAGAGUCGACGCCGAACUUCCAUAGAAUGGCCGAAACGUACGAAGAGUUCGAGGAGACGCACCAUGUCACCAGAAAGUCCGUUACCACCUUCAAGAUCGAGGAAACCUCGUCGUCGACCACGACCAAAACGAUCACCACACCGGCGAAGCUGUACGGGAAGGAUGUUGGCGCGUACGACGACAUCGACGUGGACGAGCUGCUCGCGCAGUUGUCGCCGGAGGAGAUCUCCAUGCUCGCCAAAGAGGUGGAUCCAGAUGAUUCGUUUUUGCCACCAAGUCAGCGCACCAACUACGAAUGCGAGAAGGCUCCGACCGGGCCGCUGGAUCGGAAGAAGCUGAUCGAUCACAUCAACAAGCAAGCGCUCGAAACGCCCGAUCGUCCCGAGCUGGAACCGUUCGUGCAGGGUGUCGUCCGCGGCAAGAAAUGGAUGCCGCCACCACCGGCCGCGAAGCUGCAGGCCGCGGAUGAGCAGAUUGCGAUCGAUCUGGGCGACGAGUACGAGCAGGCACUGACGGACGCCACCCAGGAGGAGAUCAUCGAUCUGGCCGCCAUCCUCGGGUUCCACUCGAUGAUGAACCAGGACCAGUACCACGCGUCGCUGCUGAACAAGGGCCAACCGGUCGGGCUCGGCUGGGACGGCAUCACGAAGUCGGCGAUACCGAAGAUCUUCCCGGCCGAGGCUCCCAAUACGACCGAUCCUGAGGAUACGAUUAAGCGCAUCAAAAACGACGAUGACAAGCUGGUGGAGGUGAACUUGAACAACAUCAAGACCAUCUCCGAUGAGCAGUUCGAUAAGCUGUUCGACGCGCUCAGGACGAACACACACCUGGAGGUGCUGUCGCUGACCAACGUCGGCCUCACGGAUCGAACCGCACUCGUACUGGCCACGGCCCUCGAGCAGAACCACGGGCUGCGUGUGCUGAACGUCGAAACGAACUUCAUCAGCCCGCCCGUCAUCGUGGUGCUGAUCAAGAGCCUGCUGACGCAGAUGACGAUCGAAGAGUUCCGUGCCUCGAAUCAGCGAUCGCAAGUGUUUGGCAACAAAAUCGAGAUGGAGAUAACGGAACUGGUCGAAAAGAACACCACCCUGCUGCGGCUGGGUUUGCAUUUGGAGUUUAAUGAUGCCCGGCAUCGGGUCGCAGCACAUCUGCAGCGCAACAUCGAUAGAAUUCGGGUCGAUAAGCGGGACGGUCGGUCGUCGCGCGGCAGCUACUAUCGGCCGGUGCGCGUCGAGGAGGAUCUCGUUGCCGAAAUGUCCGACGUCGAGGAAGAGCCAGAUGAGGUGGAGGUGCCGGUAGAAGACUACGACGUCGAGGAGGAUCCCGACAAUGUCGUCAUCCGCCCGCCACCAUCGGACGAUGAGGAUAUUAAGAAAAAAUCUCUCACAACGGCUGCAGUUUAGAUUUUUCCAAAACAUCCAUAGAAAACAGACCACCAUGAUACAGUGAGACGAUUCUUCUCAGCCUUAAUUGAACGAGAAAACUGAAUCGCAGAUCAUCUCCUUCUACUUCUUCUACAUUUACUAUUACUACUACUACUACUUCUACUAGUACUUUACACUCACCACCACCACCACCAACAUCACCUUCACCUGUAAUUACCUUCGCGUCUACAACAAAACUACAAAAAACACCAGACACAGCGUUGCGACGCUGAACGCUGUCGCAACAAUGCAACAACAACAACAACAACCACAACAACAACAGCACCAUCUGCCAGAUCAGCUGUGUCGGCAGCGAACAGCGAAAACCACAAAAACAGAUUGCAGCACGUGAUGUGUUCCACCUUUGAUAUGAAAUUAAGCCAAAUAGCCUUCAAACACGCGCGCCACCGUGCGACCGUAGAAAAAAGCAAAAAAAAAACAAGAAAAAAGGGUCAAGCUAUACGUUGCGCAAAAACAAUACAGCUAUCUAGAGGAGAGAGAGAAAGGAUCCUGAGAAGGUGUGCGCAUGUUUGUGUUGUGUUGCGGUAAUUGGUAUUUGGAAAAAAAUAUGUGGAUAACCUUUUGUGGCUCAGGAUCUAAAGGGUGAUGUGAUCCUUCGGAAGCUCGAAGGCCUCACUAUAACAUGGCUAAGAAUGUAAUCUAGACGUAAAGCAAAGUGUACACAAAUUUAACAAACAAACAAACACGAACACACACCACACACUCACGCAUCACGAUAAGAAACCAAAUCUGAAACCAAACCGAAACGAACAAAACAUCAACAAUCAUUAUUGUAGCAGCAUAAAAAAGCGUGUUAAAGGCGAUAGGCGUCGUCUCGAGAGAAAGAGAGGGAGAGAGAGAGAGAGAGAGAGAAAUAGGAACAGAGGCAUACAACAUUUUACGAGAUCGAUACGCUAAAUCGUAUUAGACCGAUAGAGGCGCUGGGGCACUGCCCAUAAAAGUGUUGUACAGCUGUGCCUCUGCGCCAGGUUAUAAUAUAUGUAAUAGAAAACCAACAUUUUACACAGGAGGUUGCCGGUAGUGGAGCCCCUCUAUGCACUGCCUCGGUAUCUGGUGGUCUGGUGGAGGCAGACAAAUUAGUUGUGAGAUUAUAAUGGUUAGCGCCGUUAUUGAUACCGUUUUUUUUUUUUUAAUUUUCACCUACACUCGGAACUCGCCUAUUGCUCGGUGUGCGACAGCAGGGAAGAGUACGUUGCAAGGGAGUGCCAAACGAUUGAUACUACAGAUUGAUUCUGCUGAUUGAAUCUUAAAUUGUGAGAGUAUUUGUAUGUGUGCUUACAUGCGUGGGUGUGUGCGGUGUACAGUUACCUACUUCACCAUAGGAGCACUCGCUCGAUUGUUCAUCACUUUCACUAUUUUCACAAUAACCCCCUCUUGUGCUCUCUCUCUCUCUCUCUCUGUCUCUCUAUCUCAUUUGUCUCAUCUCUAUCUAUCGAUCAGUACGAUCACAUUGAAGUAGUUUGUUCAUCUAAUGGGUGUAAUCAACACACCUUAGCAUUGCUAGUGUUAUAGGCUAAAGACGCCACCUCCCCCCAUCCCCGCGCCAGCGAGGGAAGGAAGAGAAAUAGGAAAUAAACACAAUUAUUAUCGACUAUAAAACUCUGCCCCCCCACACACUGCGCCGCGCGCGCCACUGCAUACCGCGGCCGGCAUCUUGUUUGGUUUUGUUUUGUUGGUUUGAAGCGUCUAGAAGUAUAGAUUUUUUGGGCACCACACGUAUCCGCUACUCCCGCGCUGUCGUCGAGUCUACCUGCCUCUCCCCUUUCUAAAUCGCUCCCCGACCAUCCACCAUUCGAUCGAAGGAUAGCGAAGCGAGCUUUCGAUCGGUCUCGACACGUCACUGUGAUGGGGCGUGCGCUCUAGGUGAACCCGAUCAUCGGGCCGACUAACCUGCACACGGUCGCAGGGCACCACACAAUGCAACAUCGAGGACGAUGGCUCUAGAGGAACGGAACGGAUCUAGCAACGCACAAGAUCAACGAUGCAAGGCGGCCGAGCUUCCUGAGCUUGUGCUUGGUCUCUCUCGGUGUGUUCUCCUACGCCAAGCUCGGCUCAAUCAGCGCAAGUAAGGUCCAACCGAGGCUGCCUGGAGCCGGCACAGCACGAUCGGCCGGGCAAGCAGCAGCAGGAGUAGCAGCAGGAGUGGCGGGACCAGUGAGGAGACCACCACACUCGUAAUCGACCAGAUCUUGCUUCUCUGUGCGGCCAACAUCACCACCGCCCUGCGUUUGCAACCGCGCGUCUACCGCGAGUUACUGCGAGUCCGAGGCCGAGACGAGAACUUUUAUCAUCAUCACCACCAUCACCCACCACCAGGCAUAGGCACACACUGAUGUGCGGCUCUGUGAACCUCUGUGCGCCUUUGCGCGGGAGAACAUCACCAAACCUCGUACACGUAUUAAAGCUUUCUAUCCAACGGCCACCAAAGCCACCCGGGGGUUUAGCAGCAACAACGUGCGCACCCUGCCACCAUCGCCAUCGUGGCAGGCAGCUUGACGGAACCAUCGCCAGGCGCCAGGCUUGACGCUAGGAUUUUAUGAUUUAUAUGACAACAGUGGGCGCCUUCGCCCACUGCUAUCCGGCCCUAUCAUAUAUCGAACUAAUGUGCAAAACGGGGAACCUGCAAAAUUUUGCUGUUUCGCUUGUGUGUGUCAGGAGUGUCAGUCGGCCCCCUGUUGUGAGGCCCCGUUCCCCGUUUGCAGACCCGGAUCACCCGAACGCAAACGCCGGAACGCAGGCGCGCGCAUUACAGUGUUCCGUUCGAUGGUAUAAAUUGUAAGCGUUGUUUUUAAUAUUAGCUUUUACUGCCCCGUCCGAAACACUGGCCGGCCCCCAACAAACGUCGACUUUGUUUUAUCCAUUAAAAUUAAAUUAUUUGGUUUGCGUAGCCGCGCGCGCGACACGCCGCAAAUGGGCAACCAUUUGGGGCUUAUUUAAAUUAUGAUAUGGUAAUUGAUUGACACGUCAAUAAACCGGACCGGAGCGAAACGAA